CAUCUCACUCAGCGGCGGCUGUGGGCAACAGAACCCUAGCGAGUGAGGCUGGGGCGUGGUGCAGCACCGCCUCCUCCCUCCCUCCCAAUCUCCUCCCUCGUCUCCCUCCCUCCCAGUCUCUUUCCCGUCCAUGGACAGUGGUUGUGCCGACUGGGUGAGUGGUGGCAGCGCCAUGUAGCGCGGCCGCACAACUUCGAUGCCGGGGCAGGUGGGUUCAGGCGUUGAACGGCUCCACGGGAGCAGCAGUAUGCAGCGCAUCCAGUCGGGCUCGGGCAGCGCCCCGGCGCCGGACGCACGCGCUGGCCUCCGGCAAGCUGGACAUGGUGAUGGAAGUGCACCCUAUCUUAAUAGGGUGAGCAUUGAUGAAGCCAGAAGGAGGGAAAAUGUCAACCCCGACAAUGAAGAUGACAUUCUGAUGGGGAAUGAUUCAGCUCCAAGAGAGACAACUUGGAAAGUAGGAAAGCCUCUCAUCUUGGAAGGAAGGACAAUGGCAGGAAAAGGAAGAGGGUAGAGGAAGAAGAGGACGACUACAAUGAUAGUGAGCAUGAUGAUGAAGAAAAUGACGAGCUGGAAAUUGAUGAUGACGAGGAUAGCCAUGAUGAUGGUGCAAGUCAAUCUGAUGGAGGAGAUUUGGCAAUGCAAGUUGAAAAGGAUUUACCAAGCCAAGUUGGAAACAAUGUUGAGGUAACAAGUGAUUUGCCAUUUAUGCGCUUUAUUAUAUUCUGUCAUAAACAUGUGAUGUUUGCUUUAGUCCAUAUGAUUUUAUAUGUUGUUUCAAUUGGGGCUGCCAUCUAUUAAUUAUCGUUUCUGCCAUCUACUUGUGAUGUUUAUAUAAUUCACAAUGCUUUAGUCCAUAUGAUUCUAUAUGGUGUUUCAAUUGGGUCUGCCAUCUAUGAGUUGUUGCUGCCAUUUACUUGUAAUGUUUAUACAAUUCACAAUGCUUUAGUCCAUCUGAUUUUAUAUGUUGUUUCAAUUGGGGCUGCCAUCUAUGAGUUGUUGCCGCCAUCUACUUGUAAUGUUUAUACUCCCUCCGUCCGGAAAUACUUGUC